AUGCGCCUCGACGAGCUGAAUCGAACCAUACCAGAGCGUCCCGGAUUCGACAAUUCUGAACGAGGUUAUAAGCUCUGCGGUAAGUUGGGGGGGGGGGGGUUUAAGUUUCUUUUCUUCAAUUUUUCUCAUUUUUUUCGUUUUAUCCAAGCCAGCCGAACGCAUGUAAAUAAUACAUAUCUAAUAAAAAUCAAUGCUUUUCCAUUUUUUACGCUUGAAACUGUUCGUCAUUUUGUUUUUAUUUGUUUUUUUUUGUUUGUUUAA